AUGAAGGUUUCAUGGCUUCCCAAUACUCUCAGGGAGACACUGCAAUGUGCAUAUUCUCCCCGGCCAAUCGCAUUGAGUCGACGACGAGUCCUCCAUGUGCGACCCAGACCCCGACAAUUUACUACAGCUUCCCAACUUCAAAAUAGCAUAGCUGCCCCUAAAAUCAAGUUCCCUAACAGGAUGGAAGAGGGCAAAGAGCAAUUCUAUGGCCGAGUCGUUCCAGCUUCGCCGUCCUAUUUCUCCGCACAACCACUCUUCAGCGACAACCUAUUAGCCUUAGAGGCUCUCCUUCGAAAAUACUCCACGCUGCCAACGGUAGCACCCGGCCAGCAACCUCGAGUAGCAUGGCGAUCGCUUUCGGAAUAUCGAGACACGAUCGGCGAGGUUGUCAAGGCGUCCAAAUACCACAAGAUCGUCGCAAUCCUCUCGCGUCUCAACCAUAUCCAUCCUUCUCUCAUGCCCACCGAGGUGGAAGACGCGCUCAACCUCUACAAGAGGGAUAUCAAUCCAUACGAGAACGUGAAGAAAGUUACACCUAUAGAUAAGCGCGGAAGGGCUUUGGGUGUUGGACGGAGAAAGGCCUCGUCGGCAAGAGCUUGGCUGGUGGAAGGGACUGGUGAGGUCCUGGUCAAUGGAAAGUCACUGGUCGAGGCCUUUGGCCGCGUGCAUGAUCGGGAGAGCGCUAUCUGGGCCUUGAAGGCUACGAAUAGGGUGGACAAGUACAACGUCUGGGCCUUGGCCACAGGUGGUGGAACUACGGGACAGGCAGAGGCUUUGACAUUGGCGGUAGGAAAAGCUUUAUUGGCUCACGAGCCGGAUUUGAAGCCAGCGUUAAGACGAGCCGGAUGCGUAACUCGCGAUCCCAGAAGAGUGGAGAGAAAGAAGCCUGGAAAGGUCGGGGCGAGAAAGAUGCCGGCCUGGGUCAAGAGAUAG